AUGAUUCCAUAUGUAUUUCAUUAUAUAUAUACUCUUUUUUCCCAACAGACCUUCCACGACCGUAAGAUUCUUGAGUACACCUGCCACACUGCCUUCUUCACCUCUAUUGUGAUUGUGCAGUGGGCCGAUUUGAUCAUUUGCAAGACCCGCCGUAACUCCAUUGUCCACCAGGGCAUGAAGAACUGGGUGCUGAACUUUGGUCUCGUCUUUGAAACCACUUUGGCUGCCUUCCUUUCCUACACCCCAGGCAUGGACAAGGGUCUUCGCAUGUACCCACUGAAGUUCUACUGGUGGCUGCCUGCUCUUCCGUUCUCCCUCCUUAUCUUCAUCUAUGAUGAGAUACGUCGCUUCAUCCUGCGUAGGAACCCUGGUGGUUGGAUGGAACUGGAGACCUACUAUUAAGCUGUUACUGUGAGCGCAAGAAUUACUAGAGCUCAAGACUGAUUGCAUGGCUCGCAUCACCUGCCAUCAUCAGUGAACUUCCCACAGCCAGCACUUGUGUCGCUAUUACUUGUGGAAAUUUAUUUAAUAUCCCAAUAUGGAAAUUAAUUUCUAGUUGACCCCAAGAAUAUUUAGUAAAAGAAGAGGCUUGGUCUCUUCAUGAUUCCAUAUGUAUUUCAUUGUUACUUACUGAGGAUAUUAAUGUUAUUAUGGCUGUUUCUACUUUACCCAUUGUUAUAUUUAAAGUUUCCAGUAAGUAACAGUGACAUACAGAUAUAUAUAUAUAUAUAUAAUGUACAGAAUCCUGGUGAAGGAUGUAAUAAAGACAAAACCGACACUUCAAGACUGCACCAGAAGUAAUUUUAACCGUGGUUUAUAUAACCUGGUCAACUACUGCUCCAUACUGCAGGUGUGAGAAAGCAGUUUCUCUUGGGGGGGAAUAAAAUUUUUUGAAUGCUGUAAACAAAAAAACAAAAAAAUCCUAAAAAAAAGAUAAAUAAAUAAGCAGCAAUUGGAAAAUGGCCACAUUGUUCUACCUUUUUAAGUUUUUGGAAGAGGAAUUUUGCUUUCUUACACAAGUGGUGCUGGGGAUGUUCUCAUCUGUUAAAUUUGUGUAAAUUUUAGUGCACAUGAGUAGAAGUGUGAUGGCUACAAACCUGCAGCCGAAAUCAAGUGUAAAAAUAUUGUGUAGAUAGUGUGUAGACAGCCCCAAUCUUCAUGAGACUACCUAGUUUGCAAGAAUGUUUUCAUAAUUGAUCAUAAUCAUUAUUCGGAGUCGAGUUGUUACAGCUGUACUGCUCAAACCUUAUCCCACGUUCGUUGGUAAAUGUUUCAAUGCCUAGGUUUUAUUUUAUGUUUUCCUUCUUCUCUGGAUAUGUAUUAACAUUUUUGCUAUGUGCAGUAAAAUCUGAGAGGAUAAUACAUUUUAAUCUAAAAAGUAA